CUGGCGGAGGCAGGGACGGCUGCCGAGCGGCUUCACGCGUGGAAGGCCCUUAUGAUGCUGGAUGGGUUCCUUUUGUGGAAAGGCUUCCGGAGAGGAGGAAAAGGCAGAGGAGGAAUUCGGCAGAACGCGAGCGAGCGCGCCAUCGCCGAGAGGCUUGCCCUGUUCUGGGCCGGCCAGUGGGCGGCCUUGGCUCGACCGGCGCAGGAAACCAUUCGACCAGCGCGCCGGAGGAGAGGGCCCGUGCCACCUGAGCGCAUUCGGGAACUCGUGGAUGACGGUGCGUGGCGGCUCCUGGCAGCGCUACGCGGCGGCGCCCCCAUGCUGGACUCCCCGGACGACGACGACUUCCAAAAGGCCGUUGCGCAAGAGCUGCGCGAAGCCAGCCCUCACGCAGCAGCCGGGCGAGACGGAAGCCGGGCGACGCACUGGCAAGUCGGGUCAGGAGAUGCGCAUGUCGAGCGCCUGCUGGCCAGCACCCUGAAACACUGGCUCGACGGGGAGGCCCCGGCGGAGCUCGACGACAUCUUCUCGCGUCAAACCUUGUUCGUCCUGCGGAAGAGCAACGGCGGCGUUCUGCCUAUCGCAGUCGGCGCGUUCCUCGGGAGGCUUGCACUACGAGCCCUACUCCGGUGCAAGCGGCAGGAGGUGCAGGACACCGUCAGCUCCAUGCAGUUCGCGCUUGGGCGCGCUGGCGGCGCCGACGCGGCGUUCAAGGCGCUCAACGUGGCCGCGGCGUCCGGAAACUGCAAGGCCGUGCUCAGCCUGGACAUCAAGAACGCCUACGGCACCGUCCGCCGGAGGGCCGCUCAGGAGGCCGUUUGGGCUCGCGCGCCUUGGAUGAGCUCCUUGAUUGACCGCCUGCUCACCGCCACGACCCGGAACGCCUACGACACAGCCGACGGCGACACGAUCUGGGUCGAGCAGGGCACUGGCCUAGUGGCGUACGCGGACGACUUGUACAUCGUGGGGCCGGCUGCUAACCUCGCGGCGUCGCACGACGUGCUGGCUACGGAGCUCGCACGGGUGGGCUUGCAGUUCGCGCCGGAAAAAACGAAAGUUUGGUUGGCUUCUCCCGAGGCAGCGCAAACCCUCCCGGCGACGCUGCAUCACGCUGUGGUGCCCGACCUUCCCGUGUUAGGGUGCACUCUCUACCACCACGACCGCGAGGGCGACUUGGCGGCAGGGUUUGGCAACUCCGAGCAGGGAAUGCAGAAGGCGGCGGCGCUGGUGCGCGCUACGGCCGCCACGCUCAAGGACGCCCGAAAGCGCGGGCUCUGCUGCCAGGUCGCGGGCGCGAUUCUGCGGUACGUCACAGUCGGCGCCCCUCAGCACCUGCUCCGCUCGCGCCUUUGGAGCGAACCCGCACUCGCGGCCUACGGCACUGCCGUCGCGGACGCUUGGGCCGAGCUGAUCGGCGUCCACUUGACCCCGGAGCAGACCGCGAUCGGCAACCUGCCGCUUCGCGACGGCGGCGUCGCCUUCGGCUUAGCCGCGCCGCGGGCGUCGGCGGCUUUCCACACGGGAUGGCGCCGCCACCUCUGGCGGCAGUGCGCCGGGGCUCCCUUGUACACAGAGCAGGGCCUACGCGCAGCUUUUCCCGGGCUCGCAGCGGAGCUGGCCAAGGCAAAUGCAGACUUGACGACCCGGGCGCCCGCGCUGGUCGGCGACGUGAAAUUGGAUUUCAUUGCCGAGCCCCACAAGCGCAUGCAGAGGAUGAUCACGGACGCCGUGAACCUCCGGGCGCGCGAGAACAUCCUUGCCAGCGUCCAGGAACCUUGGCGGGCGCGGCUGCGGCAAGCAGGCGGCGCUGGCGCCCGCGGCUUCUUGUGCGUGCCCCUGCCCGGCAACGAGGCCAUCGCGGACGGAGCCUGGCGCGCGGCUCUGCGCAGACGCCUACUGUGCACAGUUGAACAGAUAGUCUUUCCAGCGCGUGCGGAGACGCAUUGCCAAGGCUCCAGUCCACGGGGUGCCUGCGGGGCGCGGCUGGAUGGCCUUGAGGGUCUCGCGCACGCAGAGGGGUGCAAGAUCGGCGGCGAGGUGGUCGGGGGCAACAACGAGAUCCGCGACAUCAUGUGGCGCUUCAUCAAGGCGUACAUCGACCCCCGCGCUCUCCGCGAGCAGCGGCUCGAGAGCUUGCGGGCGCAGGCCCUGGUGGACGCGACGGUGGACGACGAGGCCAGGGACGUGCUGGACGUCGUCUUCAACUACGAUGGCAGACGCGUGGCCAUUCACGUCGCCGUGGUAGGCGCCCGCGCGGACCUGCCGCGGAUCCGAGCAGCGGCCAGCCGGGGCGGUGCCGCAGCAGCAGAGGAGGAGAGGGCCAAGCGGCGGCGCUACGCAGGGCUCAACAUUUCCCCCUGCGUGCUCGAGCUGGGAGGCCGCCCCGGCGAGAGCGCGCAGGCGACCGUCCGCAUGCUGGCCGUGAUGGCCGGCGGCGAGUCGCGCGCUUCUGCGCUGGCGGCUGGCCUGUGGCAGCAGGUCAGCAUCGCCGUGCAGGCCUCUGUCGCCUGGCGCAUCGCCAGCGCCUACGCCCGCCCGGACAGCAUGUCCUUGGCGGGCUCCAGGACCAGGGAGGACGACUUCGCCGAGACGACGGCGGGGGAGACCGUCGAGGCCGCAGUGGCGGACAAGACGGCGGCCGCCAUGGCGGCCGAAGUCGCGGCGCUUGUUCAUUCGCGCGCGGCCGAGUCAGUGGCCGAUCAAGUUGGCGUGGCCGCAGUUGCGGCGCUCGCAGCCGCAGUUGCGGUAGGGUCGGGGGGCGGCGCCGCGCUCAUGCCGCGGCAGCGCGACAAACGUCACCACUUGUUGGGCGCGCCGACGGGCGCGCCGAAGGUCGAGGCACGCCGUGCACGCCGUCGAGGCGGCGAGGUCGCCGCUGAGGGUGAGGCUGCGCUUGAGGUCGCAGUUGCGGCGGAAACCGACGCUCGGGCCGACGCGCCAGAGGUCGCAGUUGCGGCGGGGACCGACGCGGGGUCGAACGAACAGAAGAUAGACACCCCGAGGGCGAGACUGGUUCGCAGGAGGGAGCAGCGGGCGCGCGCCGACGCGGGGUUGCAGGCAGCAUGGCAGGAGCAGCGGGCAGCGCGGCAGGAGGCCGCAGUUGCGGCUCCAAAUUCCACAGAGGUGGAAGAGUCACAGUCGCCCGAGAGGCGCAUUGAGCUGCGGGGCGGUACCAGGAUACCGUCCACGAUCAAUCUCGCGGUCAACGUCGCGAUAAUCACGAUGAAGUGGUGGGCCGUGCGGAUCGACGAGAAGAACAAACCCAAUCCGUGGGGCACCGACUGGUCGUGGAAACGAGCCAUCUCGGACGUCCGCGACUUCGACGUGCGGUUCCUCUGCUGCUUCUUCGACGGCGACAAGGAGUCCCUGCUCCAGUUCUUCCGCAGUUGCGGCGCCUUCGGGGCGCGCCCGCUUGCUGCGCCCUGCACGAUGAAAUGGGGCGACGCGCCCAAUGGGCGGAGCGCCCCAGUGCUGCGUCCGAAUUGCAUUGUGCCCGUGGGCCCGUGCGACAUCAUAAUCGCUACCUGUGAGGAAACGCAGCCGCCGCCGCUGCCGGAUUGGUUGCGGGGCGUGGGCGACUCCGACGUCGCGCGGCGCUGGCUCCCAGCCGCCGAAAUCCCAAUGUGGGAAUGGGGCAUGGGCCGCAGUCGCGGCAUCCGUGCGCGCUACAGAAGAGCCGCCCUGAUCCCUAUUGGGAGGGUCGCCCAGAAGGAGCUCGCCCCAGUGUCGUUCCACAGUUGCAACAGCUGCGGCGGAUUGGGGAUCUUCCAGGAGGCAGCCGAGAUCCGAUGGCGCCGCAGGAUAGAGACCGCAGCGACCGUUGCAGGCGUGGGCGCCAGCGCAGCACUCCAGACCGCUGAAGCCUUCGCGAAGUACGUUGAGGCAACAAAG